AUUCCUUUUGCUGAGAUGGAUUUUCUUCAAUUUGCAGCAUUCUGUUUGUUUAUGGGUCUUUUGAUGGUGAUGUUUAGUGUGCUGCGGGCAGCAAAUGUGCUACACCACAAUCUCCUGCGAAAUAUCAUUUGUCUUCCCAUGAGUUUCUUCGACACCAAUCCGAGUGGACGCAUCAUCAACCGCUUCAGCAAGGAGAUCAACGUACUUGAUUAUAUACUGCCGUUAACACUCCGUGCCUUUGUCAGCAUUAUUUCCACGGUGGUGAUGACAAUGGUGGUGAUUAUAGCAGCUACACCCAUUGCCUCUGUCUUCAUCUUGCCCAUCAUGUGUCUAUACUGCUUCAUCCAACACGUGUUCGUGGCCACCUCUCGCCAGCUCAAAAGGAUCGAGUCUGUCACAAAGUCUCCCAUCUUCUCCCAUUUCAGUGAGAGCAUACAGGGUGCAUCAAUAAUCAGAGCCUACAAAAAACAGGACAAAUUCUUCAAAGAGUCAUUGAAGCUGUUAGAGAACAGCCAGAAAUCUCUCUAUGCCAACAUUGCUGUUAAUAGGUGGCUUGGCGUACACUUGGAGACUAUAGGCAACCUCAUCACCUUCUCAGCAGCUAUCUUGGGUGUAGCUGGACGAGACUCUAUCAGCCCUGGAAUUGUUGGUCUGUCUGUCACUUAUGCUCUUAAUGUGACAUCUCAGCUUAACUGGUUAGUGCGCGUUGUGUCAGACUUCGAGGCUAACAUUGUGUCAGUGGAGAGGAUUGAUCAGUAUAUACAGUUAGAGAAGGAGGCUGCAUGGCAGGUGGCGAAGAAGCCAUCGUCUUCAUGGCCAGCAGAGGGACGCAUCACCUUCCAUAAUUACGAGACCCGCUACAGGCCUGGGCUUGAUCUUGUUCUCAAGGGUAUUUCUUGCUCCUUCAAGCCUGCUGAGAAGGUGGGAAUUGUAGGCAGGACUGGAGCAGGAAAAUCCUCGCUCACCUUGGCCCUCUUCCGCCUCAUAGAAGCCGCCGGAGGUUACAUAGACAUUGAUGGCAUCAACAUUGCCAAGAUUGGUCUUCAUGACUUAAGAGGUCACAUCAGCAUUAUACCUCAGGACCCAGUGCUGUUCAGUGGCACACUGCGGAUGAACCUGGACCCCUUUGGUGUACAUAGUGAUGCAGAACUCUGGAAAGUCCUGGAACUAGCGCACCUCAAGCAAUACAUCGCCAGUCAGCCACAUGGGCUUAACAACAUUGUUGAUGAGGAUGGUUCCAACUUCAGUGUGGGUCAGAGACAGCUGGUGUGCCUGGCUAGAGCUUUGCUACGCAACUCUCGUGUGUUAGUGUUGGAUGAGGCCACUGCAGCCGUCGACCUGGAGACUGACCAGCUCAUCCAGAACACAAUUCGGUCACAGUUUGCUGACUGCACAGUUCUUACUAUAGCCCACCGCCUCAACACAAUAAUGGAUUAUGACAGGGUGAUGGUGCUGCAGGCAGGCACUGUAGCAGAAUUUGAUACCCCUGCUGCACUCCUCAGCCAGACCCACUCAAUUUUCUACAACAUGUUGAAGGAUGCAGGUCUUGUCUAGCCCAGCUGCUGAUGCUUGUAGAUACUACAUAUCAUAUAUACCCGAGUAUAGAUCGAGAUUUUAAGACCACAUUAUUAAGCAAAAAGUAAGGGGUUGACCUAUUCACAUCACUCAAAUGUUUGUCCAGCCUACUGGUUUAAACUUCAGUAAACCUAUUAAUUUAUGCUCUGUAGGCUGUACUCAAAUGCAAACCUUCUUGUUCAUAAAUUUUUCCAACCUGUUUAUAAAAUUACCCAAAGUGUAGUGCUAUUUUUACAUUUUCAGAGCUUGUUUUCAGGUUAAAAAUUCAAACAAAUCUUAUCCUAUCUUAAAAUAUAUUUGCAUCAGAACCAUUUGACCCUUUGAAAGUCCCUCAAAAACUAGGGUAAACCUAUAAGUGAGAUAUAUGAAAAAUUAUGGAUUUUUUGGCAUAAAAACUCAGGUAUUAAUUUAUACACUCUGUUGGGUUUAUACUGGAGUAUAUAUAGUAUAUAAAAUAGGUUGCAGUAUGUGUAAAAUUAAAUACAGUACUGUAUAUAGAUACGUACACUGUUAAUGUAACACUCACAAAUCUAAUAAUUCACUGAUUAUACAGAAGCACUAAACCCAUAAGGUUAUCAAGUUUUUCGGGAAUACGAGCUAAUCGGUUUGACUCAAGGAAGUGGAGGGUAAAUCUAAUUCCAUAAGUCAAAAGAUCUUUGCUGGCAUUAAGGCACUCCCCUUGAAGCAAUAAUUCAAUGUAAAUAUAUGUCUUAACUGUAUGUUAAAAGAAAUAUAAAAAACAACUGGUUUGCAGCUUAAAACUGAAGUAAAAUGCUAUAAUUUUAAUAUUAGUAAUUUUGUUCUUCAAACACUUGUUGAUUGAGCUCUUAAUAAAAGCCUAUAAUCUGGUUGACAUUGCAAUUGAAGCCAAUUUAAGCAACAUUUUUUUUAAAUUGAGAACAUUUAGGCACAUUAUACAUAGGGUUUCAUCUUUAUUGUAGUCUAAUAUACUCUGAUGUGUUCAUAUAUCUCUGUCCACUUGGCUCCUGCUGCUGUUGCUGCUGACAGUAAAAUAACCAGUCUUUUUUUUUACCAAAUUGAUCUGGAAUAUAAAGCUUCAAGAAAUUAUCUUUUUAUUUCCCAUAUUUCACUCUUAUACAUUGUUUAUUUAGUCCUUUAACUGUGUCCAACGUACUAGUAUGUAGGUGCUGGUACUGUCUGACUUACUAGUAUGCACCAUUUUUCAUGCCCACAAAUCUGGCACCUGCCAGUUGUUUGACUUCACUACUCAUACAUUUGAAAAAAUCUAAGGCCAGCAGGAUCCACAUGAUGUAUCAUGGUUAAUUACUCAGAGGAUGACUGUAUGUUCGACUUACUAGUAUGCCUCACGAGUAAGAGUAAACAAAAAUGCCAGGAGCUGUUGUUUCACCACCAGUCUCCUCACCAGCAAACAGCAUAUGCAGGUGGUUCAGAGAUGAUGUACUCAGUCCAAAUUUAUUACAAUUUCAUGGUACUAACAGUGGAAUUCAGCCACAAAACCCAGGAUAACCCAGUAAAGUCAAUGUGAAUAAAUUCCAUGUUUCGAUGAGUAAUACACAUUCUGAAAUAAUUGUAAUAUUAUAAGUAUUCAUUAUACAUCCCCUUAGAAGAUCAAAAUAGUAUAAAAAUAUAAUAAAAAUAAUUAUAAAGUA